UAGACCAGGCCUAAAAGCGGCCCAUAACCCCUCUUCUUCUUCUCUCUGCUUAUAUAUAGAAGCUGUAUAAGGAACACGUUUCAGCUGGCUUUGUUAGAAGCGACUACGUUCAUGAGAUCGUAAGCAGUGGUAGAUAAAGGUGAUCUGUAGACUUGCUCAAAACUUUGGGAACGAAUGAGUGUGCUCGACGUCGUGUGAUACCUCGUGGUCAUUUAUGGACGCAUAUGAGUUCGGGACUUGCUAGCUGAUCGAAAACAUGAGGUGCACAUCGAUGAGGCAAAACAGAAGUAAGCCGACUUCGCACGUUGUAGUGCAGCGAAAGGAUCGCAUGUGGGAAUUCGUAAAAGGAUGGUACCAGCAGAGAGACUCUGCGGGUUGUUUGGAAAUGCCAUCUUUGAAAGGCAACUCGCUCAACGGAGUUUUCACAAUAAAUAAAGCUGUUGCAGAAGACGUGAAUAUACGUCUUAAGUGCGAAUACUGUGACCACAGCUUCGACAUGUUCGAAGACGUACAGCGCCACGUGGAUGAGAAGCACGACUUCAUCAUCCGCGUCUGCGACGUGUGCGAUCGUCUGUAUAUAGAAGACCGUAUGAAAUUGCACGUGGCAGAGAAGCAUCGGAGCGCACUCUUUCGUGAAAAAUUCUAUGAUAACAAUGAAGAAGGUGAUGGCAUGUGUUCUUUGAACUGGUCUAUAUAUUAUAGACGUAAUGUUUUGGUGCCGAUCAUUGACGAGAUAGAUGAUCAAUAUAAGCAACAAAAGGGGCUCAUGCAAAAAGACAUGGACGGCGAAGAUCUAUACCUCUACCCGUUGAACAUGAAUAUCAGCGGUGACAUUAUGAAUAGGCACUCAUCAAUGCACGUUGGUAUGAGAUGUGGUCUUUGUGGCAAGACAUUCAAGUUAAAACAUCACAUGCAGCAGCACAUACUAAUCCACAUGGCGGCACACGUUAGAAAGAAGAAGACCCGCUUACUCCGACGUUCGAGUUCUGGUUUGUCGUAUCCUGGAGUUUCUGGAAAAAGCUAUAGGAGGAAAGAAAAGUAGAAAAAUCGAAACAAGCUUCGACAAGCCGUAACCACGGCAAAAGUGGCGAUAGCGAAACGGUUUUGUGAGAAGUAUCUUUAAAUUCGAAGUUUCUGCCUUCCAAGAACAUUGAAUUCGCAACGUUGAAUUUCAUUAUAAAAAAGAUUCAAGUGAAAUAAGAAAGAUGUGUGACGAUUAUUAUUCCCAGUUUUCAGCUUUUCCCAUUGAUUAGAUUUUUACGCGGAAUAUUUAUCUGUACCAAAGAUACAACAUACGCAAUUUAAAGACAAAACUUUCUUGUUUAUCAGUCGGAAAACUGCUAGUAUACCGAGAGUAAGUGAGUGAGAGAGAAAGAGUGGGAAAGCAAAGAGUAGGAGAGAAAUUCAACAACCAGUGUUCAUUCUACAACAAUCAUAUGCAAUAUAAAAUUGAAUAUACAGAAAAAACAGCGAAAACUAUCUGCCCUAGUCCUAGUAAUCGAACUCAUCACCAUAAUGAAUAACUGAUUCUAAUUUAAAUCUAAUAAAACGAUGUUAUAAUACCAAAACUGCUGUAUGGUUUGUUGCACCAGAG